AUGUGUAUCGCAAAAACAACAACAACUGUGGCACAACGCUCGUUAUGCAGCAAAUUACCAGUGAAGCAGCUUGUGAUACUCAGAUCCAAAUGUACCACAUUCACUGAAGAACCAAUCUAUAGACCGCGCUUCAGAAAACAGGAUUGGGAACGGAGCUCAUUGUGGGGAAAACUUUCCGGCCGUAUGUAUGAUGCAUGGCAGGCAUCAUAUUUCGGAAAGCGAUUUGUUUUUGGUUUGGCAUUUGUGUGGUAUAUGUUUCAGGAUUUGGAGAAUCAUUAUCUUCUCAUUGAUGCAAUGAGCAACAAAUUUGAUGAAUAUGCGGAAGACGAUGAAGAAGUAUGGAUGUUUGUUCAUUUUUAUAAUUCGUAG